AUGCUCACCAGAACCCCAAGUGUUGUUGCCCAAGUGUUCCUUCUUCUAAGCAUAGUUCUUGUCAUUGCUAUUGCAGUGAUUCAGAUAAAUCAGCAACAGAUCCUCUCCCCAGGGCUCAAGUAUGGAAUAGUCCUUGAUGCUGGAUCCUCUCGGACUACAGUCUACGUCUAUGAAUGGCCAGCAGAAAAAGAAAAUGACACAGGAGUAGUAAGCCAAACCUUCAAGUGUAAUGUGAAAGGCCCUGGUAUAUCCAGCUAUGAGAGUAACCCUGGAGCUCUUGCCAAACCCUUUGAUGACUGUUUGAAUAAAGUCAAGGAGAGAAUACCAGUUCAUCUGCAUAAAAACACUUCUGUUUAUCUGGGGGCUACAGCUGGCAUGAGACUGCUGAGGUUGCAAAAUGAAACAGCAGCCAAUGAAGUCCUUGCAAGCAUUCAAAACUACUUCAGAGCACAACCUUUUGAAUUUAGGGGUGCGCAGAUCAUAACUGGGCCAGAGGAAGGGGUGUAUGGAUGGAUAACAGCCAACUAUUUAAUGGGCAAUUUCUUAGAGAGAAACCUUUGGAGGACAUGGGUCCAUCCUUAUGGAAAAGAGACUAUGGGUGCACUGGAUCUUGGAGGAGCUUCCACUCAAAUUUCAUUUAUCCCAGAGGACUCUCAGGAGAACUUCAAUAGCACCUUGCAAGUGAAGUUGUAUGGUUACAACUACCAUGUCUACACUCACAGCUUCCAGUGCUACGGGAGAGAUGAAGCUGAGAAAAGGCUUUUAGCAUUGCUGCUCCAGAAAUCAAACACCAGUUCCAAUGUGAAUAAUCCAUGCUACCCUCAGAAUUAUAAUACCGCAUUCAUGAUGAAGUACUUCUCUGGCAGCCUUUGUACACAGUCUCUGAGGCCAGCAAAUUACUACCCAAACCAGAUUGUGAACUUCCAUGGAACAGGAGACCCAGGUCUGUGCCAGGAGAUGGUUUCUUUAUUGUUUAACCUCACUGCUUGCAGCAACAGAGAAGACUGUCCAUUUAAUGGAAUAUAUCAGCCAAAAGUUAAAGGGAGUUUUGUGGCUUUCUCAGGAUUCUACUAUACAAUUAAUGCUUUGAAUUUGUCUGGGCACUUUUCCCUAGCUGACUUCAAUUCAAGUAUGUGGUUUUUCUGUUCACAGAGCUGGGCACAGCUCCAGUUUAUGCUGCCUAAAUUUGAAGAAAUAUAUGCUAGAUCCUACUGUUUUUCAGCCAAUUUCAUUUAUUACUUGCUUGUGCAUGGUUACAACUUUGAUGCAGAAACUUGGCCACAGAUACAUUUUCAAAAGGAGGCUGGUAACAGCAGCAUAGCGUGGUCACUCGGUUACAUGUUAAGCCUCACGAACAUGAUUCCAGCAGAAGGCAAGCUGAUCCGAUUACCUCUGAGACCUUCUUUGUUUGCUGGGCUCCUCGUCUUCCUCACGGCUACGGCAUUGUUGUGUCUUCUCUUCCUUGUUUACUUGUGUGUUGUAUCACGUAAUCGGAAGAACAUCAGUCGUGUUGAACAUGUAUUUAUUCCAGAAUGAACGAACUUUACUGAAGACAAACCACAAAUUUUAUAGUGCUAUUAAGUUAAGUAGGACUUGAUUUUUGAAAAAUGGAGCAUGAAAUAAAGACAGGCAAAAAGACUUCAGCACCAGAAGCAUAAAUAGAGAAGAGGCACAAAGGACUGUGAUAUGGUGAAUUGGAGUGCUUUUGAAAUAUUUUGGCAAUUGUUCAUGUAAAACCAGUUUGUCCAGUGUGCAGCAGAGAAAACGUGGGCAGAUAUGUCGCUUUG